UGAAGAACUUCGAUAUGAUAUUCGUGUUUAAGGACUAUAACCGAAAGAUAUCGAUGGUUAACGCGGUGCCCAUGAAUAUGUUGGAUCACGUGAAGGAAUGGCUUAACGAAUCAGACUUUUCCGAAGAUUCAGCCGUCACUGAGUCGGAGACCGAGGAAUCGGAAAACUCUUUGGGUUCGAGUGAAGAGAGCGGUAAAGACUGGUCUGAGUUGGAAGAGGAGGCGGCGGCCGCCGACAAAACACAUUCAGACUUCGUUGACGAUUACACUCAACGCAAAGGGAAAGGUGGCGUAGGAGGGAGUCAUCAUCGGUCUAAACCCCCGCCGCCAAAAAUGCACUCAUCGAUGGGCUCAUCAAAGCGUUCAUCAAUGGGUUCUUCUAAGCAUUCAUCGAUGGGUUCUUCAAAGCAUUCAUCGAUGGGUUCGUCGAAACACAGUUCCAUGAAGAGGGGAAGGGAUGGUAGGGAUGAUCAUCGCGACAAACACAAGAAAAUGCGCAAAUAAAGCGCUUUUGUAUAUGAAAUCAUAUUUGUCUAAUGUUUUUAUCACUUUUCAAUUAACUCUUAACCAUUAAAUUUUUGUUUUAGA